AUGUACAAAGAAAUGUUUAUGGUGUUGCUGUUUAUUAACCUAUCAUUAUAAUUUAAGGUUGCAGUUAAGACAUAAAUAACUCCAUUGGAAACAAUUUUAGGAAUAGAUCCUUCUGGAUGGACAUGUGAAAAUCCACCAUAUAAAGAGUAAUUGGGAGCUGAACAUGAUAUAGAAUAAUGGAUUGAUAUAGUGAAACAUAAGGAUGGUUUUGAUGGUGAUUUGUAAGUUUUGGCAAUGGUAAAAGCACUAGUGGAUAAGGUAUUAGCUUCAGUAUAACAUAUUUCUGGAAGCACUUUUGUGUAAGUGAAACAUAUACAUCAUCAAUUAUCAAAACACUUUAAAAAGUUAUCAGAGAUAGAGUCAUUGUCAUCAUGGUAUGAUAUUAAUGAUAUAUUGGGUUAUGUUGAAGUAUUGAAUAAAGCAAAAAGUAAUUAAAUUUGAUAAUAAUAAAUUAGGUGACGAAGAUAAGUUAUAAUUAGCGACUAUGAUUGCAGGGAAGAUCUCAGAGUUAAUUCAAUAAAUUACCGAGAUCUAAUUAUAAUUAAAUUCAAUACCAGUAGAGAUAGAUGAUUUGUAUGAGUUGUCAACAAGAGUAAAUUAAAAAACUUCUGCAUGUAAGGAUGUGUGGGCACCUUUUUUGGAAGCAGAUGUAAAAGCUGAAGAGGAGAAAUAGAGAGUGGAAUAAGAAUAAGAAGCUGCAAGAGUAUAGGCAGAAGAAGAAGCAAAAUAAAGAGAAUAAUAAGCAAUAGAGGAGGAAAGAAGAAAGGAAGAAGAAGCUAGAGAAUUAGAAGAGUUGAAAAAUAGUGUAGAACUUACACCUGAAGAAGCUGAAGCUCUAGAUAAAGAAGCCGAACAAGAAUUAUAAUUAGCUGAAGAAGCAGAAAUUUAAGCAUAAUAAGAAUUAGAAGAGGCAUAGACUACUGAAAAAGAAGCUUAAUAAGAAGCAGAAAAAGAAGAAGAGAUAGCUAAAGAAGCUGCAUAAAGAGCAGAAGCUGCUGAAUAAGCUUUGUAAGAGGCAUAAAGAAUAGAGGAAGAAGCCUGUGUAGAUGCAGAAGAAGCAGAAAGAAGAUUAAAAGCUGCUUAAGAAGCUGCAGAAGAGGCAAGAAAAAAAGUAGAAGAAGCAGAAAGAUUAGCAGAAGAAGCUAGAAAAACUCAGGAAUGUUUAGAUGAACCUCCUCUUGAUGAACCAUUUCAUGAAGAAUUUUAUGAAGAAGAAUAUGAAUAUUUAUCUGAAGAAGAAGGAUGUACUGAUGAAGUAUUAGAAGAUUUAAUUGAUACUUUAAUUGAUGCAGCUAAUGGACCUAGUGCCUAUUAAACAGGAUGUGGAUAUCCUGGAUGUUAAGACUAACCAAUUAUUAUUGUUGUUGAAGAUGAUGAAGAAGAACCAGAACCUUAACCACAACCUUAACCUGAACCUGAGCCUGAGCCAGAGCCAGAACCUGAACCUUAAUAAGAAGAAUAAAUAAUUGUAGAGGAAGAAAUAGAGACUGAACCUACUCCUGAUGAUAAUAAAAUGUUUGAAGAAGAGUAAGAGGUUGAGGAAGAAAUUAUUGUUGAAGAAAUAGUAGAAGAAAUUGUAGAAGAAAUUGUUGAAGAAAUUUUUGAAGAAGAUGAUGAUGAUUUUGGUAGAUUAGAAUAUCCUGUUGAUCCUCCUGAAGAAAUACAAUAUCUCAUUUACAAAUCUGAUGAUAAACAUGUAAAUAUCCAUACUUAAGAAUCAUCUAAAUGGGAAGUUGAAGUAAAUCAUGGAUCUGAGACAAGAAUAAAGGGAUCCAAUGAAUAUAGUUAUGGAUUAUGGACAUACUUUAGAUAUAAUGGGGCUAUUAAAAUUUCAGAGAAAAAAGAUGUAUUAGUAGUUGGAGGUUUAAGUGGAGAUGGAUCAAGUAGACUUUUGACUCUUAUUGGUGAAGGCUUUUAUAACUUCUAAGUAUUUGAUGGAGAUACUGCGACAGAAUAAUAAGUAGAUUAUGGUAAAUAUUUGGAUGCUGAAUGGAUUUAUGUUUAUUUUGGAUAUAAAGAAGGAAAAGCAAAUGGUUAUGUCUAUUGGGCAAGAACUUAAACUAUCAAGAGUGUGACUUUUACCAUUACUUAUUAAUCUAUUCUAAAUACUAUCAAAUUUUCAUCAGGUUGGUGGUCUAGCUACAAAGCUUUCAAUGGAAUUAUUACUAAUAUCAGAGUUGUCUUAAAUAAAGAUUCUUUUAUUGAGGAUGAAAUUAUUAUGAAGAAUGCAAUUGAGACUGAAUAUCCUGUUCCAAGUGAGACUGAUUUAGAUUAUUUGGAAAAUUAAUAUUAUGAAAAAAUUGAAUAUGAUGGAUUAAUAACAGAACCUAAAUUACAUUGGGAUUUAGAUAGAUAUAGAGAAUACUCUUUUUCUACUUGGUUCAGAUAUGUUCGAAGAGCAGAUAAACUUGAUUAACUCAUUUUUAGAUUGACAUCAAAUGAACCUGAUUCUGGAGAAGUUGCUCAUGGACAUAAUGUACUUUCCUUAUAUUAAACUGAUACCAUUGAAUAUUUGUUUAAAACUUAUACAGUUGAAAAUUAAGAUAAAUUUAGCAAUAUUGUAGAAAGUGUCAAAAUUAAUUAAGAAUCUUAGUAAUUAUGGACUUAUGUAUAUUAUGGAUACAAUAAUGAAGAUUUACAAUUUUAUAUUGAAUGGCCAGAUAGUACUGCCACUAAACAAUUCAAGGGAUGGCAUGUUGUUGCUAAAUAUUGGGCAUUGUACCUAGGUUAAGAUUCUAAAUAUACCUUCCAAGGUAAAACAGCUUAUUCAAAUUUAAGAUUUGGAAAAGGAUCUUGGGGAGUUUAUACUGAAUUUGAUGAAUAUAAAAUAGGAAAGAACAAAUUUUGGCCUGGAGUAUAAAUGAAAACAUAUGAUGCUAAAUGGAUAACCCAUACUUAAGAAUCAGAGUAUGAUAGUUUAUUGCAUGAAGAAUCUGAAUGGGUUACUGAUGGUAUAUAUGAAUAUGGAUUCGGAAUGUGGACUAAAUUCUUUAUUACAAAUCCUUCUCGUAUAUAUGAAAAACCAGAUCGUAUUUUGAUAGCCAGAUUAGGUUUUAGUGAUAAUGAUUAAGCUGAAUUUGGUGUUUAUAUUGGCAGAGGAGAUUAUGAAUUCUGGGCUGGAUCAAUGAGGCCAGUGUAAUAUGGCAAAAAUUUGGAUGGAUAUUGGAACUACAUUUAUUUUAGUUAUUCCAAAUUAUAAUAAAUUUCUGUUGGUUAUGUAAAUUUUAAUAAAUUGUAACAAAUAUAAAGAACUAAGUUUGAUCCAUUUGAUGCAGAUCCUGCUAAUAAUUAUGCUCGUUUUUAUGUUGGAAAUUGGAAAAAUAGUUAAUUUGGAUUCAAUGGUAGAAUGGCAUCAGCAGUAGUUCGUAUGGGUAGAGGUUCAUUUAUUUGUGAAAUUGAAGAAUUCUAAACUUGGAUGGAAUUAUAUAAAGUUCCUGUUGAUGAAGAAUUGGGAACUAAAGAUCAUGAAAUUUAAGGAGCAGAUAAUAAAGAUACUGAAACUUAUGAGACUUUUAUUUAUGAACAUCAAGCAACUGAAACUGAAUAAUAUUCUGUUUAUGGAUGGUUUAAAUAUUAUGGUGACUUGUCUAAUACUGAUGCUUAAACAAUCAUUAGAUUAACAAAUAAUGAAGUUGAUCAUUUGAGUGAUGCUUCUAUUUUAGGAGAUAGAACAUUAACAGCAAUUUAAUAAGGAGGAAUUAUGAUAUUUGGCACAUAUGAUAUUGGAUUUAUAGAUAAAGAUUAUGAAGUAAAUAGACAGACAGAAGUUGAACUAGGAGAAUACAGAGGAAUUUGGAUGUAUAUUUGGGUAGGAUAUUCGAGAUUUGAUCAAUAAACAGGAUGGUUUUUAGGAUUUCCUGAUAUAAGUAAAGGUGGUGUGAUGAAAAAAACACUCCAUUUUUCUCCAAAGUAUCUAGCUGUUUAUUUUGGAAAAGAUGGUAUCAAUAAGAAUUUUAUUGGAAAAUCAAGACAUGUUCAUGCUUGUUAUGGUACUACUUAAUGUUGGCAUUUUGUAAAUAAGGUUGAAACAGAAGAGAGUUUACCAGCUUGGAUUCCUUAUAAAUUGAAUAAUUAAUUUGAAUUUUUUAUCUAAAAAGAUGAGGAUGCACUAAUUGUUGCUUAAAAUGAUAAUGCAGCUAUAGAUGUAGAAAUUACAGAGAGUAAUUUCCCUGGUUCAGAUAUUGAAGCUAUAUUUGAAUAUGGUAUAGGAAUAUGGACAAGAUGGCUCAUGAAUUAUCCGUUUAUUUUAUUAGAAAAAGCUGAUUCACAUUCAAUUUUUAGAUUUACAACCAAUGCAUAAUAUGAAGAUGCUGAAUAAAAUGGAGAUAGAACAGUUUCAGCAUUUGUUGGAAGAGGAGAAUAUAAGUUUAGUACAUAUGAUGCUGUUCUUAAUAAAAAUGAUAUAAGUACAGGUAGUAAAUUUGAUAAAGAAUUGGAAGGAUAUUGGAAUUUCAUUUAUUUCUGUUAUAAAAGAAUUCCUACAAAUCCUAAAGGGAUUGGAUAUGUGUUCUUAUCAAAUGUUAAUGUAGUAAAGAGAAUAGAGAUAGAUAAUGCUAAACAUUGGUUAUUAAGAAAUUAUGCUAGAUUAGUAGUAGGGAAAAAAGAAUUUGGACAUUCUGCAUUUUAAGGGAAAUUGUUUGAUCCAAGAGUAUUUUUAGGAAAGGGUAGUUAUAUAGAGACAAGUGAAGAUUUGAUAAACAAUUUGAUUCCAAAAUUUAGAGCUUAUCCACCUUAUAAAGAGAAAUAAGAUAAUGAGCCUGUUUAAGUUGAGAAAGCAAAGAUUACUGAGAGAGUAUUCAAAUCAUAUGAAGAAAAAUAUAGUGGAGUAUUUGAAUAUAGUGUUUAUGGAUUUGCUAAAGGAAAUAAAUUAAGAAAUAUUACAGAAUGGACUACUCUUGUGAGAGUAACAUAAAAUACUCCAGACAUUUAAAAAGACAAUGAAAAUGCAGGAGAUAGAACACUUACAAUAUUUGCUGAUAAAGGUAAAUGGAUUUAUAGUACUUAUGAUUAUGGAGAUCUGGAAGUUGUUGAUGAUGAUGAUGGAUCAAGUAAUUAAUUAUUUAUAUAUUUAUAGUUAUACAUGAAUUUGAUAUGAAUAAAUAAUGGGGUAAAUGGACUUAUUUCUAUUUCGGUUACUCAUUUAAAUUAAAAUAAGCAUAUGCUUAUAUUAGAUUUAUUGAUUAGAGUGAGAACUCCUUUUUAUUUGAAGAUAUUUAUCAUUUUGUUCCUCAUUAUUUAAGUGUCUUCUUUGCAGAAGAUGGUUAUGGCAAAAUGUUUGAUGUAAUCAAUAAUUUAAUAUUUAUUUUAGGGUGAAGCAUUUGAUUGGUAUUUGGGAAUUGGAGAUGGAGCAUUCACUACAACACCAAAUCCAAAUUAAUGGCCAGUUGAUCCUGCUCCUCCACCUGAUAGAAUUCUAUCAGCUUUAUUAGCUAAUUAAGGAUUUAAUUCAGGAAGAAUAGUCAAAUCCUAAACCUUCUUAUAAUUAGAUGGUACUGUCAAUCUAGUUGAGAUCAAACAAGAAGAAUGA